AUGAACGCUGCUUUCAUAUUGUCUCGUGCUGCCUUUUUCAGAACAAGUGCAAGAUCAUUCUCCCGCUCCAUUUCCAUGGCCGUGGGAGCACGCCCCACACUUCGGUCGCUUCCAUUAAUGUUGGGUGCUGCCGGCUCGGUAAUGAUGGUGAACACUUCCAUGCUUAAAAAGUCGCCCAUUCUUAACGACGUUGCUCAAUUGAACCAGGGCUCCAUCCGCUCGCAAUUGAACGACAAUCUCGCCUUCAAUGGUAAGGAAGUUGCCCCAAAGCAAUCAUGGCUCCAGCAACAUGUGAACUACCAAGAACUCUGUAUCGGAUCCAUUACCGGACUCUUUUUGGGAAUCAUUGCAGGUAAGCUUAGUUCCGCCAUUGUGUUUUUGACUUUGGCAGGUUAUUUUUUGACUCAAUUCUUGGAAAGUAGAGGUAUCGUUACCAUUCCAUGGAGAAAAGUAGUCAGUGUAGGCAAGGAGAAAAUCGAUGUCAAGUCGUUGGUGUUGGAGCAAUCUAGCUUUAAGGUUCCUUUUGUACUCACAUUCUUGAUAGCUGCCUACAACGUUUAA